CUCUCCUUUCUCUGUUUCAAUCGCAUCAAGCUUAAGAAUUUCUUCAGAAUUAUCACGAAAGGCCUCCAAAUUCACUCACUUUCAAGAUGGCUCCAACACCAUCGUCCAAGCUAAAUCCCACCCAGAUGAGAACGCCGCAGUCCAAGCACCGGCUCAACUUCGCCGGAAACCACCACCAGUCUCCAAACCCAAAUUCAGCUGUUAAAGAAAACCCCUUGGCAGAGCACCCAGUUGAAGUCAUUGGCCGGAUUCGCAACCACCCAGAUCAGAAAGAAAAGCCCGUUUCUUUUCUACACAUCAAUCCCGACAAAAAGACCAUCCGUGUCCGAGCAGAUGUUGGGUACCGGGAUUUCACUCUUGACGGCAUUUCCUCCUCCGAGGAAGAAGAUCUUGAAGCGUUUUACAAGAAAUUCGUGGAAUCAAGAAUCCACGGGGUGAAAUUGGGAGCUAAGUGCACCAUUAUGAUGUAUGGACCGACUGGUUCGGGGAAGAGUCACACCAUGUUUGGGUGCUCAAAGCAGCCAGGGAUUGUCUACAGGUCAUUGAGGGACAUUUUGGGAGAUGGGGAGGAGGAGGAGAGAGAAGGGAUUCGCGAGAGAUCAGGAAUUGGGACAUUUGUUCAGGUCACUGUUCUGGAGAUUUACAAUGAGGAAAUUUAUGAUCUUUUAUCAAAAAAUGGUGGUGGUGGGUUUGGAAUUGGGUGGCCUAAAGGGGGUAUUGGAUCUAAGGUUAAGCUUGAAAUAAUGGGAAAGAAAGCCAAAAAUGCAACCUCCAUAUUUGGGACCGAAGCUGUCAAAAUAUCGAAAGAGAUUCAGAAAGUUGAGAAGCGGAGGAUAGUGAAAAGCACGUUUUGUAACGAUAGAAGUUCACGAAGUCACUGCAUCAUAAUCCUUGAUGUCCCAAAAGUUGGAGGACGGCUGAUGCUUGUUGACAUGGCUGGGUCUGAAAAUAUUGACCAAGCUGGUCAAACAGGAUUUGAGGCCAAAAUGCAGACAGCAAAGAUAAACCAGGGUAACAUUGCUCUGAAAAGAGUUGUUGAAUCUAUUGCAAAUGGAGAUUCUCAUGUCCCCUUUAGAGAUAGUAAAUUGACAAUGUUGCUCCAGGAUUCUUUUGAGGAUGAUAAGUCAAAGAUCUUGAUGAUACUCUGUGCUAGUCCAGACCCCAAGGAGAUUCACAAGACACUUUGCACCCUAGAAUAUGGGGCGAAAGCAAAGUGCAUUGUUCUUCGUCCUCAUACACCAGUCAAAGACAAAAAUGCCUCUGGAGAUUCAGCAUCAGCUGUAAUAUUAGGAUCCCAGAUAGCAGCAAUGGAUGACUUCAUAUGUAAGCUACAGAUGGAGAACAAGCUCAGAGAAAAAGAGCGAAAUGAGGCACACAAACAGCUCAUGAAGAAAGAAGAAGAAGUUGCUGGCCUGAGAACACUUUUAGAAGGGAAAGGUUCUGGAGCCAGUGAAGAGGAGAUCAACUUGAAAGUAAAUGAGCGUACUGAGAUGCUAAAACUUGAGCUGGAGAGGAAACUGGACGAAUGCAAGAGAAUGGCAGAAGAGUUUGUUGAAAUGGAGAGGAGGAGAAUGGAAGAAAGGAUACUGCAACAGCAAGAGGAAGUUGAAAUGCUGAGAAAGCGCUUGCAGGAAAUUGAAUUAGAGCUACACCAUUCAAACGAUGGAAAUGGAGACGAAAAAGAACAAAGGGACUUGGAAGUAAGCAGCUUUGCCCGAAGGCUCUUUGGAAUCUAUGCUGAUGAAGAUCCUGGGAUGGUAAAAUCAAUGGAUUUAGAUAUGGGUGAUCAAGAACCAUUUGUUCGUGAGGUGAAACUUAUAGAUGGGGCUGUCAAUCAUGCUGGGACUACAGGCAUCCAAGGCCUUUUAAAUCACCCUCAGGUUGUUGAUCAAGAUGGUUUUGCACCCACUUUUGGAGAAAAAACUUAUUUAAGCACUGUGUAUGAGGAAGAGGAAGAAGAAGAAGAGGAAGAGGGUGGACUGAAUGAGAAGCUGGAAGAUGAAGAAGUGGAGAAAGCAAUAAUAGAGGAAAAGAGGGUGUGCUCAAGCAGCACCAUUGGAGCUUCUCCUCAGAAAUUUGAACUGAAACUGAAACAGUAUGAUCCUAGUUAUGAAGCAAAGGAUGCAGCCUCAUUCAGACGAAUAAGAAUCCAGAACAUAUUCACCCUUUGUGGGAACCACAGGGAGCUUUCUCAACACUUGAAGACUCCAGUACCCGCAAAAGGGAUGUCAGAAACCAUUGAUCCUCUUUUGUCCAAACCUAUGACACCCCCUGAUGAUUCAAUGCUGAAAAGUACACCCCCUGAUGAUUCAAUGCUGAAAAGUUCAAACAAGGAAAACUUACCAGUUCAGAAGAUUGAAUGUGCAGCAGAUACUGAACAAAGUCCAGGUGGUACAAAGCUGGUAGCUUCAAAGGAGAACCAAAACCCUCUAACGCCGUUAGAGAACAAGAUGUCACCCGCCACAAGUCGCAGAUUCUCAAGUCAAGGUGAUAUUAGGGUUUCCUCAAUCGCUAUGGCUUCCUCUUCAGCAGCACUAAAUCCUGCCUCUGGUGUCUCCCAACCCCAACUCGACGAAGAGAUAAAUAUAUACCUGAAGAUCAUGAAAACAGUGACCUGCAAAGUUAAACUGUCUGAAACGGUUAAAGAUUUGAAAGAAUCAUUGCAUGAGAAGGGUGUUGUUUCUGAGAACAUUCACAGUCUUUUCUUUGCUGACCAACCACUUGAGGACAAUGAAAGGCUAGUUGAUUAUGGUAUUCAGAGGAACUCCACUGUUAGCCUCAUUGUCCAGGAUUUUGUUGGGAUGAAAUUAUUUGUUGAAAUACCAUCAGGUCAGAGAACCAUUGUUGUGGAAGCAAGGCCUAAUGAUACUGUUGAAAGUAUCAAAUCGGUGAUUCAAGUCAAGGAGGGAAUUCAUUCAGAUCAAUUCAUGCUUGUCUACAAUGGAAUACUUCUGGAAGAGGAUAGGACGCUAGCAUCCCUCAAUAUAUAUAAUAAGUCAACCCUUCAUCUGGUUCUCUGUCAAAAGGAUGUGCUAUCAAUCUUUGUGAAGGCAUAUGAUUGUACUGUGAGACUCCAAGUUAAAGUUACAUUCACCAUUGGCGCUAUCAAAGCAAUUGCUGCAAGAAUGUUAGGGGUCUCAGCUGGCAAUUUGAUGUAUGCAGGAAAGAAACUUAAGGAUUCUGAAAUCUUGGCAUGUUAUGACAUCAAAGAUGAAUCUAUCCUAGAGAUGGUGCCUUCUACCUUUCAGAUCUUUGUUAAAACAUGGAGUGGGGAAACCAAAACCAUACUCCUUGAUGUUUCUGGAUCCUCUACCAUUGGGGAUGUAAAGGAGAUGAUUUUUCAGAAGCUGAAGAUUCCGGUUAAUCUUCAAAGUUUUACUUAUGCAGGGAAAAAACUUGAAGAUGGGAUGGCUCUGGAGAGUUACAAAAUCCACAAGCAUUGCACUCUUCAUAUGGUCCUUGGACCCUCGUCAAGAUUCAUUCCUGUGAAAUUAGAUUCACUUGAUGGACUUAUCUCAGACACCACAACCAUUCAUGAUUUGAAGGUUAUGAUCAAGAAAAAGGGAUAUCGUGUGAAAGAAGUUUUAUUCCGCAGGGUGGCAUUGCAUGAUGAGUUUACUGUGGCACAUUAUGGAAUUAACGAGAAGGCAGAGGUGGUUGCUGUUGAGGCUAUUUGAAUAUAAUUCAGAAACUUUGGGUCAGGGCAAAAUAUAGGACAAUUAGGGUGGUUGCUUUUGUAUAAGAUCACUAUUUAGGUUGGAUAUUGAGUGUAAAGGUUUCUACUAUGGUGGAGAAGAUAAUAAGAUUAUCUCUGGAGUGGCAUAAGGCAGCUGUACUGGAAUGUAUAUUUCCAGCUUCAUCUUGCUGGCUGGAUCUGGUUUCAAUGGGAAGCAAAGGAAGAAGAUUGAUGGCUGGUAUUUGUAUUGAUUAAUGGGCUUUCUCUGAUUGUACCAUUAUAUAGAGAUGCUUUUCUUUUGUUAUUAUCAUUUUCGUAUGGUGUUUGUAAGUGCCUUUGCCUCUUGACCAUGAUGAACUUCUUAUCUUUUAAUAACAUAGCCAAAAAAUAUGUGUAAAGGUU